AGUCUUGCCCUUGCCAUGGUGUCUGCAUUCUCCCUUCUUUCGCUGCCUGACGUUUGCAGCCCGAAGCUCUCACACCUGCUGUUUUGUGUCUUUUCAGUUCUGGCUGAUAUUGCACCUUCCACAGAUGACGUGGCCUCCCCCAGUGAUAAAAAUGCGACUGCAGACUGCUGGGUUGAGACAUUUGCUUGCACAAGGCUCUACUCUGUGCGCCGGCCAGUUCGACUAUGCAUUCAUCAGUCAUGCUUCAUCAGGUUUCGACGCACGUACCAUGUCAACAAGGAGAUCUGCACCCGUCUUGUCUGUAAGGAACACGAAGCUAUGAAAGAUGAGCUUUGCCGUCAGAUGGUUGGUCUGCCCCCGAGGAGACUCCGUCGUCACUCCAACUCCAAUUACGUCCUGGUCAAUCUCUGUGAAAAUGUGGAUUUGCAGAAACUCAGUGGUCUGUGAUCAUCAAAAAAGAGGAAAGAAGAAAAACUAUGUGGGUGAGAGGAAGGAGAAGCUCCUUCUUCUUUAACCACUGACAGCUAACCUAUAGACAGUAUUUCUUAAAACCAAUCCUUUUACCCCGACUUUUACACCGACUCUCUAAUUUUUCACCCAAACUGAUAGCAUUUAUCUCAUUUUUUAGCACUUAAAAUACGAAGUCUAUAUUAUUGCAUAAAUUUGCUGCUUCUCAAUACCAUAGACGUAGUGAAUAGAUGAUGACUGUAUAUGGCUUAUAUGCAAACAUUCUAUGUACAAUUUCAAGGGAGAAUAAACUUUAGGCUAAUUAUCUUUACUAUUGAAUCUGUCUGAUAUAGAUCUUAGGAUUGAAGAAGUUAUCCUUGUCUAUUUCGGCUAACCAUCUAACUUCAUUUAUUUUCCUCAGAAGAGUUUCCUAGAUUAACUCCCCAUAUUUACAUGUUCCUCCUUCUUUACUCUUAUUUUAACUAUUUUGCUGCCUUGCCUGAAAAUUUGGCUGGCAAGUAUUCCUUAUGAGACAGAUCAUGGUAAUUUUUAUAGUCCUGGAAGAUUCUGCAACACAGCUAAGAAUUAUACAAUCCCACUAGCAACAUAUAAGGACCCCACAUGUCUUCUGUUGAGCUCAGAGGUUACAAAGCAUGAGGACUAUGCCAGAUAUAGAACUUGGAGUCAUAAUUCCCAAUUCAGUUUUUCAUGCAGUUGUCCAGUUGGGGAAGUAAGGCUGGAAAGUAAGUCUCAUUUACUGAUUUGCUUAUGGUAGCACUGGGGUUAACCCACCUCCACAAAGUAAACUAGACAACUUCAUGUGAAAUCAUA